UUGUGUGAUCACAUGAUUUGAAAAUGGCAGACGACACUAAAAUGCUUUACUCGCUCUUACUUUGUAUUUGGUAUUUACCCGUCGCAUUGUCUUUUUUAUUUGAAAACAACCCAUUUGUUGAAGAAUUCACUGCACCAGUUAUUUCUAAAAUUCAGUUUGAUGGCACAAAAAACUAUGCUUUUGCAGCCACACAAGGAUCUAAUGUUGCUAAGAGGGACGAAGUUGGUGUUGGAAACCUCCUUUAUAAUCGAAAAAAGAACCGAGUUCUAAAGGACGGUGAAGUACCAUCACUAAAACCGGGAGAUAAGGCAUCUCCUUUUAGAUUAUGGACACUGUCUGGAAUAUUUGAAUAUCCCAAUAACCAGUUGAAUAACAAGUCUGUGAUAAUUCAUUACUUUGACCCUGUAAAUUCUGCUUUCUUGGAAUGUUUAUGGAAUUCGGACGAGGCGCUCAUUCCCAUAAUAAAAAGCGACCCAUAUACACAACAUCUUUUUAUUCCGAUGACAGAUAAUGUGCAAGCCUUAUAUGGAGCAAAAUGGAUGUUUAACAGGAUCAAUGUGUUGGCAAAAAGAGUCUUAAGGUCAGAGACUGAGGUAAAUGCCAAGAUGGAUCAGUUUCAUUUUUCAGUGCUAUCCUUGAGUAAACUUGGAAAUUGGUUACCCACUUUACUAAGAGAAUGGGAAUGUGUUGAUCAUAACUGUGGAUACGACCAAGUUUUAUUCCAAGCAGGCAAUACAGAAUACCCUAUUGUGCUGAAAAGACUAGAUGCUCACUAUGACUGGCUGCGUAGUCCUGUGUCUACAUUUGGAAACAAGACAUUGCCAGUGGUGUUGACAAAUUCAGAUGGAUGCCAACCCAGUUCCACUGUAAAUGGCUCAGUUGCUUUGGUAAACAGUGGAGGCUGUUCUUAUUUCAAAAAGGUACAAACAAUGCAUGCAUCAGGAGCAUCAGCAGUAUUGAUCAUGCAGAAUCAAACUGAGACACCCCAAGACAUGAAUUGCCAGGAUAAUGAAUGCACAGUUCCUCUGUCCAUUCCUGCUUGUAUGAUAGAAAACUUUAAUUUUGAUGCCAAAUCACAUCUCAAUGUCACAUUCCAGAACACACCAUCCCCUAGCUUCUUUGCAGCAAUAGACCCACAAGGUGCACUACAAGAGGUUGGCUGGUUUCUUUAUCCAUCAAUGAGUUUUAUCAACUGGCAAACUCAGUGGUUUCAGUACAAAAGGAAUUUGACUCAGCAGCUACAGAAACCAGCUCAUAUAGUCUCUGUGUUUCAAGAACAAGUAAUGCAGGGCCAGACAGGAGUUGUUGUCAACAUUUCCACUGCAGAAUUAAAAGGCUUCCAACAUUUAGAGCUGGACAUGUCACUGUCCUGUCCUGGAGAAAGGGACACAACUUGUGGCCACUGGGAUCAUGGGAUCAGCCUGUUUGUUUGCUGUAAUCCCAACUCUACCCUCUGUGGAAUGGAGAUAGGAAGAUGGAUUAGUCCAUUUAGAAGGAGGGUAGGCCGUUGGAUUACUGACAUUUCUCCUCUGUUGCCCAUGAUUCAGAACAACCAAUCAGAUACCUGUACAUUUACAAUGAAGACAGCACCCUGGGCAAUGCCAUGGAUACCAUCUUUAAACCUUAGACUUUACAAAACAAGUGAGAGUGUAGCUCCAUCAGAAACUUUUGUGUUAUACCAGCCUGGUGCAACAUUUGACAAACAUUAUAACUCACAUUUCAAGCCAUUCAAUUUCAUUCCUCCUGCUGAUGUUAAAAAGGUUGUGAUUUUUGCUGUGAUAACUGGCCAUGGAAGUGAUGAGAACGGCUGUGGAGAAUUCUGUGUAACUUCGCAUCACUUCUCUGUCAAUGGACACAUCAACAAUAUCACAUUCAGUGAAGCAGGAACUCCUUUGGGGUGUGCUAACCAGGUCUUAACUGGUGUAGAGCCAAAUGAACAUGGAACCUGGCUGUAUGGCAGGAAUGGUUGGUGCGACGGUAGAAAUGUGUUUCCCUGGGUGAUUGACAUAACGCAGCAAGUUUCCCUGAACAAGCAUAAUCAGAUUACGUACUUUGGAUGGUUUAAUGGGAUGGAUCCAAAUCCGAAGCAAAAUCCAGGAAUGAUUUCCAUAUACUCAUACCUUGUAUACUACAGAACAUAGCUUCUUUUGAAACAUUGCAAAUUUAUGAAUUUUUGCUACAUUUUUCUAGGAGUACUGUCAUUUGUAAAUAAUUAUGUUAAUAAUUAAGAAUUAAGUAAGAGGAAAAGUUUAAGUUAAGACUAUUUUUUUUACCCAAACAUGAUUUGACCAAGUUAAUUUUGCAUAUUUAUACCGAACUCUUUUCCAAAGACUUGCCUUCAUUAAGAUGUAAAUUUACUUGCCCUCUGGUUGGGGAAUUGUGUCAUAGUGACACAUAUUAUGUACAUGCAUUUGUAAUAUGCAUUUAUACAUUCCUAGCAUCUAUUGAUAUUGGUUUGUAAAGAGCUUUCAAUACUGAAUGAUAUAUUUUAUUAAGACAUUUUCCUUCUUUCCUUGUUACGGGUUCUGAGGUUACCAGUAUUUGUCAUAAAUAACUGUUAAUUUGAUACAUAUACAUUCAUCAUUGAUUCAUUAAUCCUUAAUCAUUGUAUUGAUAAUGUUGCCUGCCUGUUUUAUUUUUUUUUCUAAAAUAAACCAUAACUGUGUAAAUGUGUUAAAAUCUUAAUCAAUGUUAUAUAAUUUAAUUCUGGUUGUAACACGCUUUCUGAUUGGCUCAAAAAUUAUUUUAUAUCGUAUAAAGAAUGUUGCCUACGUCAUAGUAAGACUAACGUCAAAAACGUAUCAAUAUGUCUGAUGUUACGUUUGAAUUGUACAAUUUUAAGUCAUUUUAAAGGUCAAAUGACUGUUUUUAUCUACAAUGCAGAGUAAAAAAAUUAAAUUAUAAGCAAUGAAUUCAAUAUUUA